CUCUCUCUCUCUCUCUCUCUCUCUCUCUCUCUCUCUUCCUUGGCUUUGCUACCCGCAUAUUCUCUGUUCAAAACCCAUCUUUUUCUCUCUCUAAACUUUUCACAACUUGUCCACCUCCAGCCUUCAGCACUUUCCAACAAUGGCGGACCAUGAUCUCACCACUCGUCUCUUGGCAUCAGACCACCAUUCACAAUCGUCUGAUGAGCCCCACCUGAUCAUCAACGUAGAUGGCGAACUGGGUCUCGAGAAUUCCAAUGGAAACUCCCAUCAAAACCCUUCAAAUCAUCAAUCCAAUCACCCAAGUGAUUAUAUCAACAGUACCCAGAUGGAAAUCCUUGAAAACCCAUAUGAGUUACUUGGGGCUAAAGGGUAUGCUUUGCCGGAAUCGAGUACCGUGGACCCAUUUAGGAAUAACACUGCGCGAAUUGAAGGGGUUUAUGAGUGGCUGAAGAUUAUGGUUUGCUUGCCUAUUGCGUUGAUUAGGCUGGUCUUGUUUGGAUUGUGCUUAUCGGUUGGGUAUGUGGGCACCAAGUUUGCUCUUCAUGGUUGGAAGGAUAAGGAAAACCCGAUGCCUAAAUGGAGAUGUAGGCUUAUGUGGGUCACCCGAAUAUGUUCUAGAUGUAUCCUCUUCUCUUUUGGUUACCAUUGGAUUAAGAGAAGAGGAAAGCCUGCUCCACGAGAGAUUGCUCCAAUAGUUGUUUCUAAUCAUGUAUCAUACAUUGAACCUAUUUUCUUUUUCUAUGAAUUAUUUCCUACUAUUGUUGCGUCUGAGUCCCAUGAUUCCAUGCCUUUUGUUGGGACUAUUAUUAGAGCAAUGCAGGUAAUAUACGUCAAUAGGUUUUCACCAUCGUCAAGGAAGAAUGCUGUUAAUGAAAUAAAGAGAAAAGCUUCUGGUGAUAGAUUUCCUCGAUUGCUUUUAUUUCCCGAGGGAACCACAACCAAUGGAAGAGCCAUUAUCUCAUUUCAACUUGGUGCAUUUAUCCCUGGUUAUCCUAUCCAGCCGGUGAUUGUCCGCUAUCCCCAUGUACACUUUGACCAGUCCUGGGGGCAUAUUACUUUAGGGAAGCUCAUGUUUAGAAUGUUCACACAAUUUCACAAUUUCAUGGAGGUAGAGUAUCUUCCUGUAGUUUUUCCCCUUGAAAAUCAGAAGGAAAAUGCUGUGCAUUUUGCUGGGAGGACUCGCCAUGCGAUUGCCACUGCUCUCAAUGUUGUACAAACUUCUCAUUCCUAUGGGGACUAUAUGCUUGUUACAAAAGCAUCUGAGUCCAAACAGGAAAAUCCACUGCUAUAUAUUGUUGAAAUGGCAAAAAUUGAAUCAUCAUUACAUUUGAACACUUUUGAAGCCUUGGACUUUCUGGAUAAAUUCCUUUCCAUGAUCCCAGAUCCCUGCGGACAUGUUGAAAUCCAUAAUUUCUUGAGGUUUUUUAGAUUGAAGGCUUGUACCCUUUCAGAAAAGAUAUUUGGAUUCGUUGAUGUGCAGAAGAGAGGCAGGAUAACAUUUAAAGAGGUCUCUCUCUCUCUCUCAUUCUCCCCAUAUGUAAUAAACACAUACAUUUCGUGGAAUAGGCUAACAACUUUGAAUUGUGGUUCAAAUUUGAGGGCAGGCACUUUGUGCAAAUAAUGCAAAAGAUUAGGUUUGUACUUGGUCCAUCCCUCCCAGCACUCUUGUAUGCACAUACUUGUGUUUAUGUCCUCAUAUCCAUAUAUAUGAGCUUGUGCAUCUGAUGCAUGCGUAAUGUAUACAUGUACACUAGAUAUCCACCUGCUCAUGUGCACUCAUUUGAAACUUGGAUCAUUCUUCAGCUCUUCAUUGGUAUUAUACUGAAUUAAGCAAUUUCAUUAAUGGCAGAGAUCAUCUAUUGGCUUAAGUGGGUGUCUGGAUUUGGAUGUAGUUGAAUCUAUUUUGGGUUGUUGCUGUAUGACUUGAACCUCCACCUAAGUCAAGGGUUCAAUGAUUGGUAGGAUAUGUGGUGUAAAGCUGAAAAGUGCUCUAUCUUUUUCAGUAACUCACUUGAAUUAUCAGACUCUGAGAUAAAACGAAACCAGAAUUGUCUAAUUUGCUACAUUUGUACAUGCCUAUUUUACCUGGAACUUUCAUGCUCGACUUAGUCAAGCAUUUGACUUGCAUUUGUCAUAUUCAUUGACUGAGGAAAAUAUUGAAAUUCUAGAAUUGUCAGUCAACUUUUGUGUUUAAUUGAAAGUUAUGGUUAGAAGUAGACCAGUUAAUGAAGAAAGUUUUUUGUAUAACUAAAAAACAAGAAGGAAAAAGAGUAACAAUUUAUCCACUUUGGAGUAGCAUGGUGGUUUUCUGUAACGGGCAUAGUUAACAUGUGACGUGUUAACGGGUUGUAGACUUUUAUUGGGUGCUAAUUCAACUUUUGUUCUCAGAUUCGAUAUGAUAGAUGAUUGUCUAGUUGAUGAUAUUACUUGCAGUUCUUAUUUGGAUCAGCUCAUGUACUGAAGCAGCCAUUAUUCCUACAAGCAUGUGAAUUAGCAUUUACUGGAUGCGGCUCUGAUGGAAACCAUGACAUUUCAGAGCAAGAAUUUGGAGGCUCCAUUUUAUUGGCAAUUCCAAACUUGAAUGAAGAUGAGAUCCAUGAACUCUUCCUUUUGUUUGACACUGAUAGCCAUGGGAGCAUCAGCAAGAACAAUUUUAAUACGUGUUUAAGGAAAAAUCCAUUGCUCAUAGCACUUUUCUCGCCCCAAUUGUUGCGUUUGGAUUUCCCUAGCAGGUCAUAGGAUGGGAAAAAGGUGUGGUGUGUUGUAUGGUGGUAAUCGAGUCGUGUUUGAUGCAGUUUUGCCUUGAUGAAUUAAGCACUACCCUCAAUGGGGGGAGUAUGCUGGAGGAUUCAAAGUGUGGUUUUUGACCCUGUAAAAAAUCUCAUGAAACAGUUCCGAUUAUUUAUCUUGGCAUUUUUGUAGGGUAUUUUUUUUUUUAAUUUGGAUAUUUUCUUGCCUGCAAAUUAUUGAUAG